GAGGAGUAGAAGAAGUCAGUUGUCGCUAAUGUGAACACGGGACAAUGAUCCUUGCUAAUGUUUAUUUUGGUGCUAUAAUAAAGGUUUUGUGACGUUCAGACGUGUAAUCACACAGGGUUCACUGAGGUGUAGACAUGGAAGUGCCCUGCUACCUGCCCAAACUGCUGUUUGAGCUCAAUGAGCAGCGUAAGCGGGACUUCUUCUGUGACUGCAGCAUCCUUGUCGAAGGCCGUGUCUUCAAGGCCCAUCGUAAUGUGCUGUUUGCUGGGAGCGGCUAUUUCCGGGCUCUUCUGGUUCACUACCUGCAGGAUAGCGGCCAACGCUACAGCACAGCAUCGCUGGACAUCGUAACAGCCGAUGCUUUCUCAAUUAUCCUGGACUUCCUCUAUUCUGGCCGCUUGGCCCUUAACAGAAGCAACGUCAUUGAGGUGAUGUCAGCAGCCAGUUACCUGCAGAUGACUGAUCUGGUGAACUUCUGUAAAGGAUACAUCCACUCAUCUUUGGAAAUAUGCAACAAGGAGAAGGAGAGGAACACAGAGAAGGAGAACCAGACACAAGAGGAAAGGAUAGGUCCCGCAGACAGUGGGACUCCAGCUGUGGCCGUUGGUGUGGAGGCUGCAGAGCCUUGUUCACAGGUCGCGGAGGCAGAUAGAGGAUCGGGUUUAGGUCCCGAAUCAGUGACCCCAGCUAGAACCCCCCUGUCCAUCCCUGUCGCCACCCCUUCAGGGACCAGCAGGGACAUGGACAGUGACUACCAUUCCAGGGAGGAGUUUGCCUCUGGGACUGAAGGACAGAAGGGACACAUGGAUCAGACAAACCUCUCUUCCUCCUCAUCCUCUGCUUUGACCCCAGAGUUAGUGAACCCUAAGAUAGAGUACGAUCCUGAUGAGGAGCUUAUUGAGUCCACUGACACAAAAGACCUUGCCUCAUAUCCUGGGCCCUCGCUGCACAAUCCUCAUCACAGCAGGCUACUUCCCCCAAGUCCCUCUCACUCCAACGAGCGCUCCUCUCUGGGAUACAGCCCUUCUUUUAAUGCCAGGCAGCUGAUGGAGAUGCUGGCCAGAGGUGAAGGUCCCAGUCCUCUGGGGGACAGAGUGGGGCAACGCUUUACUCAAGGACUAGGCAGCAGCGCAGGAGGAGGCAGAAUGGAUGAAGGUUUAGGGUUUGUGGGAUCAUCUAUCAUGGAGAUCCAGUCUGACUGGCUUGGAGAGGACACAGGUGAUGGCUUGGUAGUGCCAGUGAAACUCCACAAGUGCCCAUUCUGCCCGUACACUGCCAAGCAGAAGGGCAUCAUGAAGAGACACAUCCGCUGUCACACAGGAGAGAGGCCGUUCCCCUGUCCCAUGUGUGGCAAGAGGUUCACAAGACAGGAGCACCUUCGCAGCCAUGCCUUAAGUGUCCACAGGCAGUACUGGCCAGUGUCUUGUAAGAGCUGCAGGCGAACCUUCACUGGAUCCGGUGUUUCACCGGGACUCAGGCGCUUCGGCAUCUGCGACAGCUGCAACUGUGUGACCACCACUCACGAUGAGUCCGCCUCCGUUCACCCCGUCAGCCAACCAGAGCCCAUGGAACGUGCAGAUGGGGGUGCAGAUUGGUCCAGUUUUAUGGAUGACGUGGAUGAGGUGGAGGUUGGCAGAGUGGAGGACUUGGUGGAGAAACAGAUGCUUGAAAGGCAGCUGGCUGUCUGCACUGAUGUAGGUCACACACUGUGAAUCUGUAGCGCACUGUACGCAGUACAGAAAACUACCAGUUACAGGCUGAACUGGUCUAAUGUUCAGUUUUUAACUGUGGCCAUAUUGUUAUUGUUGUUAAAUUAGUACUGUAAAACAAGCUUAUUUAUUUAUUGAUUCAUUUGUUACCACAAAAUGAUUCCUUUUGACUGUUGGAGAUAUUGUGCACCUGUUAUUUGCCUGACAGGAAAUAGAUUCAGGAUUCAGUAUUUCACUUUUUUGUUUUUUAAAUCAUAAAUGUCAUGUUUAAUUUCCUGCCCAUGUCUUGUCACAGUUGAUCAAGUCCAAAUUUGCCUGUAUGCAAUGAACAUGAGAAUGUAGCUGUCAAAGCUGUAGUUUUCUGAACUACACAGAAGAUGGACACAGCAUCUUGUUACAUAUUAUGAUUACAGUUAAUUCCAGAUUACGGUUCACAGAAAAAAAGUUUUGUGGUUAUCAUGGGGCCACUGUUUGUAUUGUUACAAUAAAUGUGUUGUGUAACUGUG